CUCCUUCUAGUUUCCUGCUCUUCAGUCAGAAGGCCAGUAUCAGCAGAAUGGUUUUGGGAGAGCAGAGUCCUGACAUCAUCCUACCUAUACAUGUUCUGAGGAAUGUCCGAGCUGUCAGCUAUGAUCCGCUGGACCGGCUUGUCUACUGGCUGGACGGACGACAGAACAUACGGAGAGCCAGGGAUGAUGGAGCCAUGUCUUCAAUGAUAGUAAGCAGCACUGCUCAACCUGUGGACAACCAGCUUCAUGACCUGAGCCUGGACCCCUACAGUCGCCAUAUUUACUGGACCUGUGAGACAACCAACACCAUUAACGUACAGAGGAUGGAUGGUCACACUGUGGGUGUGGUCAUCAAGGACGACACAGACAAGCCACGGGCCAUCGUGGUCAAUGCUGAGAAAGGGUACAUGUAUUUCACCACAGUGCAGGAGCGCUCAGCUAAGAUUGAAGGAGCCAGCCUGGAUGGGACAGAGAGAGAGUCUUUGUUCACCACUGGCCUGAUCAGACCAGUAGCUCUGGCUUUGGACAAUAAACUGGGAAAACUCUUCUGGGUCGAUGCUGACCUUAAACGCAUUGAGAGCAGUGACCUGACAGGAGCCAAUCGCAUCGUCCUACAGGAUUCAAACAUUCUUCAGCCAAUGGGCUUGACAGUUCUGGGAGACCAUCUGUACUGGAUUGACCGGCAGCAGCAGAUGAUAGAAAGGGUGGACAAACUGACUGGAGAUGGACGCACACGCAUUCAGGGACGGAUAUCAUACCUGACCUCCAUCCACGCUGUGGAAGAGAUGGACCCACAAGAGUUUGCAUCCCACCCUUGUUCCCGUGACAACGGGGGUUGUUCUCACAUCUGCAUUGCUAAGGGAGAUGGAACACCUCGCUGCUCCUGUCCAAUACACCUAGUGUUACUGCAGGAUCUGCUGCACUGUGGAGAGCCUCCAACCUGCUCCACAGAGCAGUUUACCUGCUCCACAGGGGAGAUCGACUGCAUACCAAUGGCUUGGCGUUGUGAUGGCCUCCCUGAAUGUGAAGACAGUAGCGAUGAGGACAACUGCCCUGUCUGUUCUGCCUUCCAGUUCCAGUGUGACAAAGGAGGCUGCAUUGAUGCUCAAAAGCGCUGUGAUGGUGAACCCGACUGUGCUGAUCACUCUGAUGAACAGGACUGUGAAACCAUCUGCCCUCCUAACCAAUUCCGCUGUGGCGACAACCAGUGUAUCACUAAAAAACAACAGUGUGACAAUUAUUCUGACUGCCCUGAUGGAUCAGAUGAGCUUGCCUGUGAGUAUGUGUCUCCGCCCUCCAUUGGCAUCCCUAAUACUGGGCCAAACACCAUCGGUCCAGUCAUUGCUAUCAUCCUGCUCGUCUUCGUAAUAGGAGGAGCUUAUUUUGUCUGUCAGCGUGUAGUGUGUCGACGUUACAAAGGGCCUAGUGGGACUUUCCCUCAUGAGUACAUCAGUGGGACACCUCAUGUGCCCCUCAACUUCAUCACCCCCAGCAGCUCACAGCAUGCCACCUUCCAAGGUAUUUCCUGUGGGAAGUCCAUGAUGAGUUCAGUCAGCCUGAUGGGCAGCAGCAGCAGUGGAGCGCCUCUGUAUGACAGGAACCAUGUGACUGGAGCUUCAUCCAGCAGCUCAUCAUCUACCAAAGGAGUCUUCUAUCCUCAGAUCCUGAACCCUCCUCCAUCCCCAGCCACUGAUCGCUCUCUUUACAACACAGAGAUCUUCUAUUCCUCCAACAGUCCAUCCACCACCAGAUCAUAUAGACCCUACCACCCGGUCCGUGGCGCCGCCCCACCUACAACGCCCUGCAGCACUGACGUCUGUGACAGUGACUACACCCCUCACCACCCGCCGGCUGGACUGGCGUCAUCAGCAGGCCGCUGGAAGGCCUCCAGCCAUGGCAGCCACGGCAAACACAACAAGUACUACAUGGACCUUAACUCAGACUCAGACCCGUAUCCUCCACCCCCCACCCCUCGCUCCCAGUACAUGUCGGCUGAGGAGAGCUGCCCUCCGUCCCCCUCCACCGAGCGCUCCUACUUCCACCUGUGCCCCCCUCCUCCUUCUCCCUGUACUGACUCCUCAUGACCCUCCUACAUCCUGGGUGCUCAGUGAGGACGAAAGGGAUGAAGUCAACUUACGACAAGAACUAGCCUAGUCCGGCCCACUUUACUAGGAAAAGAACUUGUGUGCCAACUUCCAGUCCUGGGCGGCUCACACAUGCUGCUUUAUAUCAGCUGGUUAGGCUCAAGUGCCUUGCUCAAGGUCCAUAUGUCCCACAAUGGUCAUUUCAUCAUUCCAGUCGUCCUGGAACUGUCAGGGUGACCAUCAUCCUGUCAGUUCUGUGUCUGUCUUCCAAGCGUCCUGCUCAGACAUUCACUCACUUGUGGCAGGUUGAAGGUUUAAGGCCUCCCCUUCAUUGCUGCAGGACACAAAAAAAUAAUGGAUAAAUUUGGCCAGCAGCUCCCUGUUCAAUUUUCAUUCCAUCAAAUGAAGACCUCAUUUGCUGGGCCGCUUCUUGAUUACAAAAUUUCCAUCUGUUCAAACAGAAUACUAAAUACUUGUUUGCUCCCUAAACUCUGUACUGUGUGCGUGGAACUCACUGGUGUUGUGUGAAAACCACAAAUCCAAUGCAACAAGUCGUUCAUCGGGACUAAAGACCCCCCCCAGCUUUACAGCAUUUAUCUCCUCCAUCCUUACAGUCUCCUUGUUGACAGACAGUGACAGGACUGUGUGUAUUGUUUAAAAAAAAAAACAGUCAGUGGAAUUAUUUUUCAUAUUUUAUUAAUGCUGAGCGAUCUGAUCUAAUCCACUGCUUUAGAAAACAAAAGGACAGUUGGAUGAGUGGCUGUGUGAAUGAGGCAGUGAUAAUGUUAAAUAAUUGGACAGAUGUGUACGUGAACAUAUGUGCAUGUUUGCUGGAUGUAAGAUAGUAGACACAUUUGAUGACGGAAUGAAUGUUUAAAAUUAAGAAUGACUGAGUUGAUGGAUGUAAUAGGUCCAAGAUCACAGUGUGAAGGCUGAUGUAUAUUGUUUUGAAAUUGUGUCCCUCUACAUUUCAAACUGGGAAUUCUUUACAGCUGAACACAGGGCCUUUUGAAGAGGUACAGCUUUUUUUUUUUUUUUUCCAGUCAAUGAAAAGACAAAGACAAUUCUGCCAACAGUUGCUAUCCUCUGAAACCACCACCUGACGUCGACAUACCAAAUGAGCAUCAUCGUGUAAAGCUAGUGUACAUAAUGAAGUCAGUGAUUGAGUUGUGAGAAGUGAAUGCUUUUCAUUGUGAAUUUGAACCUCUUCCAUCACCUUCACUUCACUGUUAUUGUCCUGUUUACCAAAAGUAUGUUUGCUGCUAUCGUGUACAUACUAUAUCAGACUUUGAUUUAUAAUUACACACAAAGGCCAAAAUUACCACUCUUGUACAUGCAGUAGAUCAUGAAGCUAUGUUACAGUUAAUAACAAAUUAUUCUUAUAGCAACUCUUGUUAUUUGUAUUUGUAAUUGUUUUUGUAUGUGUAGAUUAUUAUGUAUGUCCUCAUUGUCAGUUGCCAUGUUUGGUUUGAAGGAGUCUUUUUUUGGAAAUAGACGGCUGAGAUACAUUGUUUAGGACUGAACUUACUGAACAUAUCCGUAUGCUUCAGAUGAAUCUUCCCUGAUCUCACUUCAAAAUCAUUGUUCUUUUGUACGUUUUAUACAUCUUGACAAUGAACUCAACAACCAUCACUGCAUUAAGUAGGCAUGAAAUGGGGGUUUUGGACAGUCGCCUCCAGUGCAGUGGCCCUCACCAGUGAAUCCUGCUGUGAACUUUGAAUGCUUCCUCCCAUAAAACAACCUGCAGAAACACUGCCAAAAAAAACCAAAGCCAAAAGUUUGCCUCACCUUAUUUAUACACUUUCCCUGACUUUAACCUUUUGCUACAUUUUGUAGGAUUUCUGAACAAUGAGUGGGCAGAUUUCUGUCAGGUUUUCUGGUUCACAGAGGAGGAACCCUAGUGUUUUUAUUGACACCCUAACCUCUGCUCUUUAUAUUGUAAAGACCAACUUAAUGCCCUACUUUAGUUUGAUCACAACCCCAGAUAAGCCAGUGCCCAAGGUCAGGUUUUUGUUUGAUCUAGAGGGCACAAUGACUUCAUUCUCUCUCUGUAAAAAUACAACACAAUCUUGCAAAUAAUAGUAUAGAUUAGAACAAGGAUCAGCAUCAUCUUAAUUAUACAGUGCUGGCAAAGCUCAAAAACAGACACGAGGUCAGACAAAAAAACAUUUCUGACAUCUGGUAACAGGCACCAGGGCAAAAGUAGCCAUGAAUUGUGUUUUCCACAAGAGUAAGUGUUGGCCACUGUGCCUGGAAAAGGUUCUUCUGUGUUAGAUGAGUAAGAGGAGAUUGUAGAAUACUAAUAGAUAAGUAUACCAGCACUUUUGAAGGUGGGGAACUUUAGGAACUUGCAGUAACCCUAUUGCCCAAUUACUUUUAUCUCCUGUCAGGUGACAUUCAGCCUGAUGCCUGGUUACUGGUCUGAGAUGGGUUUUUUUCAGCUGCAGUAGCUGAAGUAUCAUCAAUACAAUGUGUCAGUGGGUACUUGCUGAGCAGCACAACACAUUUAUAUUAAGGGCUAUAUGUCCUGCCUCAAACCACUGUGUCAGUAAAACCUCUUAAAACCUGUAUUUGUUGUCUCAGCUAAGAAUGCUUUGUGUAAUUUACACUUGUGACAUUUUUUUGUAUCAAAAGCAUUUUUAUAUAAUAAAGGUUUUAUUUUAAGGA